UCUAUUUUUCUUGCGAAAACAAAUCUCCCUAUGUUUUUUGGACAAACAAACAAAAACAACUUUUAUGAUGGUGUGUGAACACAUUUAUAUAUCCCGCCAAAAUUGAACAAAAUAUCUCCUAAUACAUAACUUUCCCACCUUAAGAAAAUAAAAAUAAAAAAUCCAAUCUGUCAGUUUGCAAUCAUCAAUUCCCUACCAGUUUCCAUGUACCACACAAGUCACUUCAAUGUUUGUAGCAUUGUAUCCUCAAGAAUCUCUCUCUCUCUCUCUCUCUCUCUCUCUCUCUCUCUCUCUCUCUCUCUAGAAGUUGAAUAUGAUGCUAUUAUGCUUGUAGUGUGACAAGUUGUUGAUCAAGAUUUUCGGUCCCAAAAAAACUCAAUAAAAGAGAGAGAACCCCUUUAUUCACUUCAAUUUCUUUCUUAUCUUCUAUGACUCAAUUUUGAAUACCUUUUCAUUGUUUCUAUCUUGUUGGAAUCCUUCCAACACUUCAUGUUGUAUGUAUAUAUAUAUUUAUAUAUACAUACAUACAUACAUACAAACACUAUAGUUAGUUUUCUCUGCAAAAGGCAAUCACUUAUAACUUAAUUAGUACAUCGAUCAAUAUAAUCUUUGCUCGUUAUACUUUAUAUAUAUUCGUGUCCGACUGAUACAAUGGCGAUUCAUCAACACUACCGCCUGCCUCGUAUGCUGCUCAACUCCUACGUCGCCAAUAGCACGAACAUCUCUUACAAAGACAACGACGCCACGAACUUCGACAGCAACAUGGUCAUAAUCUUGGCGGCUUUGCUCUGCGCGUUGAUAUGCGCGCUCGGGUUGAACUCGAUCGUCCGUUGCGCGGUGAGGUGCGCUCCGAGCACGUGGGUCCACGAGGCCACCGCUGAUGAGGUGGCGGCCGUGGCGGCGGCAGAUCGUUUGUCGUCGAGCGGUAAUCUCAUGAAGAAGGAGGCAGAGUUGGUGGUGGUUGAGAUUCCGGCCGUGGUUUACAAGGCGGGGAUACUCUGUAUUCCGGCGGCAACCGACUGCACCAUAUGUCUGGGGGAGUUUGUGGAGGGCGAGGAUGUACGGAUUCUUCCGAGGUGCAAUCAUGGAUUUCAUGUCGAGUGUAUAGACACAUGGUUGGCCUUGCAUUGCUCGUGUCCUGUUUGCAGGCAAACGUUGUUGAUGGAUUGCUCUGCACGCGAGUGUUCCGAUUGAUUAGUUGUGUUGAUUGCGCACUAGGUGAAUUUUGUUUUUGGAUAAUCGAGGUGGUGAUCCCAAUUUUCGUCGGACUAACUUUCGAUAUGCCUCGGUUGGUUGUUUCCACCAGAAUACGAACCUGCAUCUCGCCGCUAGGAGCGAGUUUCGAUAUGAUUGUUCUAAUAGUUGAGUUGUGACCGGCAAAAGGUUUUACUAUAGCUGAGAAUAUAUUUUGUCUAGAGAUUCUUCUUGUAUGGUUUAUAUGUGCAAUGGCUAUUGAAUGUGUUCAUAUUUCUAUUCGAUUUAUAUAUGUACAGACUCUACUAGUGGAUCCAAUGGCUCGUAAGUUGGGGCUGUAUAGGGCGCGAGAGCCUUGUACUUAUCGAACCCUUAUAAGAAGGUUCGACAUUGGG